CUCCAAAUUUUGCAACUUCAAAAACCAAAAACUUGUUGUCAUACACACAAAGCUUAUAGUUAUUACAAUGGCUGAAGAUCCACAAGAUGUAGCUGAUAGGGAGCGCAUUUUCAAGCGCUUCGAUUCCAACGGCGAUGGCCAAAUCUCUUCGGCCGAGUUAGGAGAAGCGCUAAAAACACUCGGGUCAGUGACCGCGGAAGAAGUGACAAGAAUGAUGGAGGAGAUUGAUACUGAUGGGGACGGUUUCAUUUCGCAUGAGGAGUUCAUAGAAUUUGCAAAAGCUAAUCGUGGUCUAGUCAAAGAUGUUGCCAAGAUUUUUUAAGUUUUUUCACACCUUUACCCACCUUUGAUGGUUAAUUAAUUUCAUUAGAAUUCUAAACAAAAGAAUGUUAUUUGUGUGUGCAUGAUUUCAAUAUACAUGAUGACAAUUAGAGGUUCAUUGAUUUCAUGAUGUUGCACUCUAUCGGAUGCAUGUUUGUCCUGUUAGAACCAUUUUAAUAGAUGUAAGAUUUUAUA